CCCUAACCUUUAAUAGGUGAACUCCAAUCCGUGAUUCUCUAACCUCUAAUUUAUGCAAAUACUUUGUCAUACCUAUCUUCUAUCGUAUAUUGAGUAAAAUCAAAAGAUAGUAUACCUUGAUAUUAUAUAUAUGUAUAUAUGUGUGUGUAUAGUAGACUCAAAUUUAUCCAGAUACUUCGCCAGACAUAUCUUAUCUCACCUAAUACUCAUAUUAAAAGUGCUACUUGCCUAUCCCCCACCCUCGGGAUUGAGAUCCCGCUUUUACCCCCAUAACGUCAAACAACCAUUAGGGUUGUCUAUAGUUUGAUAUGCAAUAUAUAAAGAGGCAAAUCCUAAGAUCCUGCUAUUUAUUUCUUAUCCUCUCCCGCCGCCCCCUUUAUGGAGAAUAAAAGGGUAGGGAUGACAGGAUCAUAACUCGAUAUGGUUUUAUUCUGUUCAUCAUAUCGCUUUCGUCAAAUUCUGGGUGGCAGCUUUUCGGUACUCGACCUCGGAGGUUAUGUUCUUUUUGAUUUUUUUGGGCUUCUUUUCAUUCUUAUUUGACACCUAUGGUUGUGAUCAAAGGUAUUUAGCCCCCAAAAGGGAUUGCGAUUUUAGGUCCUUUGGAAAUCCAAUACACAUUCAUGAUCCUCAACUUUUGACAAACUCUCGACCAAUGUUGUAAAGAUUAGGACUUUUUAGUGAGAAAUUUUUAGUAAAGAUACAUCAUUAUCGGAUCAAUUUAUUAAUCCAUAUUGAAACUAGACACACACCGUAGCCCUCGUGAUAAUUAAAUUCUAUAAUCUCGACUCGUUUCCAUUUUGGAUGUUAGUUUUUUUAUUAAGACACUUAAAUUUAGUAUAUAUUAUACAAUAUGUAUCAAUUGUUAAUUUUGAAGUUUAGAUGAAACUUCAACCCGUGGUCAUUGUUUAUAUGUUGGCUUAGAAUCUCAAUCUAAGACACUCGCACACACUAUCGAGGAUUUUGGUCUUAACAUGGUCGUUGAAUGUGUAAUUUUCAAAGAUUUUAUCACUUAUAUAUAAAUAUUUGAUAAAUAGUGUCUACAGUACACACAUAUUUCAAGUGCAUUUAAAAUGUCUUAUCAUUUGAACAAUAUCGGUGGAGUUCAUUUGAUUAUUUGCAUUAACUUAUUAUCUAUACAACAUAUAUCAAUUCGUAUUUCUCGAGUUUGGACGAACUGACAACCAAUUUUGAGAGUUGAGAUUAUUGGAUAAAGAUACUUGAUUUCUGGAUAAAUAUGUUUAUCCCAAUUGACUAUCUUACUAAAAAUUGUCAACCUUUAAUUGGUAAAUGUCUAGGUUAGUAGAUGAUGAAACGCGAUGUUUAUCGUAGAUUCUCGACAAAGAUUCUCUAACCUUCCUUUAUGUUAUUUUUCCAGAAAUCUUGUGUCUCAUCCUAGGGUAUGAAGUCAAAGUUCGUCAACAAUCAUACUUAAGUCAUUUUGAAAAUUUUGAUUUAUGAUCGUUGACGAUAACUCCAAGUAUGAAAGAAAAUUUCUUAACGUACGACUUAGGACCUCAAUAGAGCUUGCUCAAUCAACAUGAUAUAGAACAAAUAUUAUUAAUGUGAUCUUAGGACACAUUAUAAAAUUAUUGCACAUGCGAUUUCUCUUCAUUUGAGAAGUUUAAGGUAGAACAUGAUCUGAGGUAUAAUAAGUCAUUUUUAAAUAAAUAACUAUAACUACUUGAUCAAGUAAUAUAUUAUAAUAAAUAACUAUAACAUGAUCUGACAUUUUGCUAAAUAAUAAUUUUAUUAUUUUAUAGACAUAUAAUUUACAAAUAAGAGAGUGUUUCAUUGCAACAAAAUAUAAAGUAAUAUAUUUUAUUUUUCACAGGUAAUUGAAUGUUAAAUUUUUAUUUUCUCUCUUUCAUAUAAAUUUUGUUUAAUCGAAAAAACAUUAUUGUUUAUGUGUAUGUUUGUAUAAUUUUUUCAUCAAAAUGUAACUUAUCAUUAAAUUUUAGUAAAAAUGAGUAAAAAUUUUACUUCAUAAGGUUUAAUCAGAUAUUUUUUAUUUAAACAAAUGUGGUAUAUGUUACUUUUGUUUUCUUUUUUCAUAUUUUUUUUACUGGAAAAAAAAUUAUUAUUAAUGUGUGUUUGGUUAAGUUUAUCAACAUGUAACUUAUUAUUACAGAAAAAAGAAUAAAUGGAUAAAAGAAAUGGAAAUAUUAAAGAAGAGAGAGGUAGCUCCAUAAAUACAUUAACAACUAAUUUUUUUGUUUGUUAAAAAAUUGUCCAACUUGGCAAAUUGUGGAUUCUCCAAGUGCUUAUGUGGCAAUAUAUUGUUUUUGAAUUGCCAUAAUAUAUAAUAUAGAUAGAUAGAUAGAUAUAGAUAUAGAUAUUUUUCAUUCUUAAAGUGUUUUUCCCUACGUUUUAUUGUAAAAAAUAAAAUUUACUUAUAUUUUUUUCAAUAGCAUGUAAGAGUGGGUCGACCCGCCCCGCCCCGUACCCACACGGGUUUUACCCGACCCGCCCCAACCCGUAAUAAUGAGGGACGGGACAUGAAAAUUGAGGUACCCGCCCGACCCCAUUUCCAUCACUAACCCCCUAAACAAAGUCAACCACGCGGCUGCUAGAAUGAUCGUUGGUCAGCAGGCGUGUGCCGCGAAUGCGCGCCUUUACUGGCCUGGCCUGGCAGCCCAUGAGCCCACCCAUGCCGUUAACGGGACCGCACCGCACACUUUCUCUGACUUUCCCGCCAAACUACCUUAACCAAAACUACCCACCCCACCGCCCCCGGCAAAACUGUACUACUGGUCAGUUUUCCUCUUUUAUGGUUUAACUGGUCAAUUUUGUUAAACAAAUCAAAUUUAAAAACCAACAUGUAACAUUAAUUUUGAUAAACAAUGCACAUGUGCUAAUUGCUAUUGAUUUCCCUAAAGCAGAGCUUAAACAAUGUUUUCACUUUCCAAAGGAAGAUUCUAAAUUUGAUUUGUUUCCCGUCCUCAUACAAAUACAAAUUGGCUAAACACAACAACUAGGUGGGCUGAAUCAAUUUGACUACGGCAAAGUUGAGACAACCAACUCGUAUUGAUCCCGUUUAAUUAUCACAGUGUGAUCUAACGACUCAUUAUAACGUACAACACGAUCCAACGACAUCAACACGUGUUGAACGCUUCGUGUUAGCAUCGUACCAUAAUCGGGAUUCCCAUAUUUUGACCAUAAUCGUGUUACCGACUCCUCCGGUUUCCCUCCCUCUUUCCCAAAUAAAUAUCAUUCACACAGUAAGUAAUUACUACUAAUUAAUCACCUGCAACUGAAUUAAUUAUCAUACAAUAAUUACGGCGUCGAAGCAUAAUUGUCCGUAGAAUUGCGGAGUAGGAAGAAGACAGGAAGCAGCAGAGCAGAAGCGGGCACCGCGCCAUUGCCACAGCCAUCUCCCCCCCAAUCAACUAACUGCCAACCGCGCGCCCAUCAACAAUUUCAGCAUCAACUUCCCAACAACGCCAAGCAUUCUUAUUAUUAUAUUUAUUCCACUGAGCCUCCGACUUAAAGACUUUCUGAUUGAUCUCGUUCGUCGUCACUAUUCUCCUGCAAAAUCUUGCUUCUACUUCGUUUCCGAUUCGAUCUCUGAUCAUCGGCAUAGCGAGAGGUACUGGAAGGAGGGAAAAAACCAGAGGUAUCGAUAGUAAGUAGGUAGCUGAUGGCGGCUGCAGCUGAGAGAGCCGCGGAGGCCGCGGUUCAGGCCAUAGGCCGAGGGUUUGACCUUACCGUCGAUUUGCGGCUCAAGUACUGCAAGCCUCAUUCGCUCGUCGCCGUCGACGAGCGGAAUUCCUUGCAUAGUCUCUCCGUUCCAGUUCCAGCUGGUUUCUCCGUUCCCGGCGUCCCUAAAUCGAUCAAAUGCGAUAAAGGCGAGCGCACGAGGUUCAGCUCGGAUCUCCUCUCUUUCCAGCAGAUGUCUGAGCAGUUUAACCAGGAGUUAUCGCUCUCUGGGAAAAUCCCGACGGGCUCUUUCAAUACGGCCUUUGAAUUCACUGGAGUCUGGCAAAAGGAUGCUUCCUCCACUAAAUCCAUGGCUUUUGAUGGAGUCUUCAUCACGCUCUACAGCAUUGCUCUUCAGAAAUCGCAGGUCGUUCUCUCAGAGCAUAUCAAGCAAGCUGUUCCCUCGUCAUGGGACCCCGCUGCACUAGCAAGAUUCAUAGAGAAAUAUGGUACCCAUGUUAUUGUUGGCGUGAAAAUGGGAGGGAAGGAUGUGGUCUACGUGAAGCAGCAGCACACAUCUCCUCUCCAACCUGUUGACGUAAAGAAGAGGUUGAAGGACCUAGCAGACGAAAUCUUCAAAGACGGAGCUGGCCAGAUUGGAGGCCUAAACCAAGACAGAAUGUUUGUGAAGGAGCACGGCCUGGCUUUUAUGGACCAAUUUGUUGCCAACUCUUAUUCCAAUGAUGAGGAUGUGAAGUUCAUUCACAAGAGAAUAGGUGGGUUGGAUAAAAGGCUGCCGCAUAGUGAUUGGUGUCACACUGUUCAGUUAGAACCUGAAGUCAUAUCAAUGUCUUUUGUUCCAAUCACCUCCCUAUUGAGUGGAAUCGAUGGAAGUGGAUUCUUGACACAUGCCAUUAAUCUCUACCUCCGCUACAAGCCACCAGUAGUAGAGCUACAUCAAUUCCUGGAAUUCCAGCUCCCCAAACACUGGGCACCAGUAUUUGGUGACCUCACACUUGGUCCUGACAGGAAGCACCAAGGCAAUUCGUCAUUGCAGUUCAGCUUCAUGGGUCCUAGACUAUACGUCAACACAAUGCCGGUAUACGUGGACAGAAAACCAGUCACAGGUGUUCGAUUAUAUUUGGAAGGCAAACGAAGCAACUGCUUAGCAAUCCACCUGCAGCACCUCUCUUCAGUCCCCAAAACAUUCCAACUGGAACAAGACAAAGCCAACGGUAAACUAUCCGCCGCUUCCUCCGAGUCCGACCGCAGGUACUACGAGAAGGUGCAGUGGAAGAGCUUCUCCCACGUCUGCACAGCCCCAGUAGAGAGCGACGACGACCUCUCCGUCGUGACGGGCGCACAUUUCGAGGUCGGCGAGUCAGGGCUGAAGAACGUCCUCUUCCUGAGGCUCCACUUCUCCAGGGUCGCCGGAGCCACCGCCGUGCGGAGGGCAGAGUGGGACGGUUCUCCCUCCGCCACGUCGCAGAAAUCAGGGAUCAUAUCGACGCUGAUCAGCACCAGAUUCUCGAGCGCGGCUCAGAAGGCGGCAGCAUCUGCUCCGAAGCCGAACGAGGUGCAGCUGAACUCGGCGGUCUAUCCCGGCGGCCCGCCGGUGGCUAGCCAGACGCCGAAGCUGCUGAAGUACGUGGACACGACGGAGAUGACGAGGGGGCCGCAGGAUACGCCGGGGUACUGGGUGGUUUCAGGGGCGAAGCUGAAUGUGGAGAAGGGGAAGAUAUCGCUUAGGGUCAAGUAUUCUCUGUUGACAUUGGUGUUGCCUGAUGAGGAGGAUGAGAUUGUUUAGGGUGCAAACUCCACUCAGGAAUCCUCCUAAGGUGGGAGAUUGUGUUUUUGACACAUUUGGAUUUGAUGGUGCAGGAUUUUGUGGCGUUAUGUGUCUUGAGAUAGAGCAGGUUUGUGCUGUAUUGAUUCAAAGGGUUGAUUUCAAAUUGGUGUAUAUAAGAACGAGAAUUGUUGAACGUCGAUCUAAUUUUUACUUAAAUGUUAGGAUUGUAUGUGUAUCCUUUCUUAACACAAUGUAACAACACAAAAAAAACUGGGGUAAAAUCGAUAAAAUGUCCACCAUAUCAUUGAAGUUUCACUUUUAUCGAAAUUUCCACAUCAUAUAUCAUUUUUUUUAUCAGAAUUUGUGCUAGACUUUAUUAGUUAGGGAACAUUAUAUACACCAUUAAAGUCAUUAAAUUAUG